AUGGGAACCGAAACAAAAAGGGAAAGAAGUAGGCUUCCCUUCUCUCUCUCGCUCCUCCUCCAUCGUCACCGUUGCGAAAUAUCCCAAGCUACAGAGAGUUCUUCACCAACACCUUUUUCGCUUCCUCUAAAACCCUAAUCGUCCGAUCUGUCUUGCCUUCGAGCUCAGCACUCUCCGGCGGGGCUUUUCUUUGUCUCUCCGGCACCAGAUUUCGCGGUUCCCCCGAUUCUCGCAGCGUCGGGGAUGGCAUUGUUGUGGAAUCAGAUAUGAAAUCGGUCUCCGGGGGGCUUUUGUUGCUAUGGGCGUCGCCGAUGUGUGGAGGUUCAGCUUGAGACGGCCGUCGAACCUGCCUCUGCCUCUACUGCAGCACCCGAACGGCGGGGGGAACAAGAAAAAGUUCUGGAGGUGGCGAUCCUCUGCGGCGCAGCCCAGGAAACCGGUUCCGUGGACGCGUCUCUGCGGAUUCAUGCUCUUCGCCUUGGGGCUCAUCUCACUCUUCACCGGUCACGUCGUCUCCCACCUCGAAUGGUAUUCUCAGCGGCUGGGCCACCGGAGCUUUCUGGAUAUGAGCCGCCGAGAUCCGAUUGAUAUAUGGAAGUCAAAAUAUUCGAAAUUCUUCUACGGAUGCAGUGACAGAGGGAAAAAAUUUCCUUCUGCUGUCCGUGAGCGAUCCUCCAACGGGUAUUUGCUCAUUGCAGCAAGUGGAGGGCUCAAUCAGCAAAGGACAGGAAUAACAGAUGCGGUGGUUGUGGCCCGGAUUCUAAAUGCUACUUUAGUAGUACCCGAGCUGGAUCACCAUUCCUUUUGGAAGGAUGACAGUGACUUUGCUGACAUUUUUGACGUAAAUUGGUUCAUCUCUUCUCUCUCCAAAGACGUGACUAUAGUAAAGAGAGUUCCUGAUAAAAUCAUGCGGUCAAUGGAGAAGCCUCCUUACACCAUGCGUGUUCCCAGAAAGUCUCCUCCUGAGUAUUAUCUUGAUCAAGUACUGCCAAUCCUCUUAAGAAGACGCGUUUUACAGUUGACAAAAUUUGACUAUAGAUUAACAAACGACCUGGACGAAGAGCUACAAAAAAUGCGGUGCAGGGUCAAUUAUCAUGCUUUAAGAUUCACAAAACCUAUACAAUCACUUGGGAUGAAAGUGGUCAAGAGAAUGAGAAAGAUGGCCAAACGUUUUAUUGCUGUUCACUUGAGGUUUGAGCCCGAUAUGCUAGCCUUCUCCAGUUGUUAUUUUGGUGGGGGUGACAAAGAGCGAACUGAGCUGGGAGAAAUUAGAAAGAGAUGGGACACAUUGCCUGAUCUGAGCCCUCUAGAAGAGAGAAAGCGUGGUAAAUGCCCUUUAACCCCUCAGGAAGUGGGUUUGAUGCUGCGUGCUCUUGGCUUCGGAAAUGGUACGUAUAUUUAUGUUGCGUCUGGAGAAAUUUACGGUGGUGAGGAGACACUACAACCCCUCAGAGAGCUUUUCCCAAACUUUUACACAAAGGAGAUGCUUGCCAAUGAUGAAAUCAUGCCUUUCCUUCGCUAUUCUUCACGUCUUGCUGCCAUUGACUACAUUGUUUGCGAUGAGAGUGAUGUUUUUAUCACUAACAACAAUGGAAAUAUGGCCAAGAUCCUUGCAGGCCGAAGGAGAUACAUGGGGCACAAGAGGACCAUCCGGCCAAAUGCGAAGAAGCUAAGUGCAUUGUUCAUGGACCGGGAAAAGAUGGACUGGCAAACCUUUGCCAAGAAGGUAAAAGCUUGUCAGCGUGGAUUCAUGGGCGACCCAGAUGAGAUCAGACCUGGACGUGGAGAAUUCCAUGAGUUCCCUCAGUCUUGUAUAUGUCAGAGGCCUUUCUCCUAUGACAAACCCGUCAACAACAACAACGAGGAAGAAGACAACCUAGACGGGAACAACACGACUAGCCCCGGGCAUGAUCAUGUGUUGUCUUUGGCAGACGAUGAACGAGAUGAAGUUUUCCCUGACUAGACUUCUGGCCCUACUCUUCAACCUGGGCAUCAAUGGAGGUCUGAUUGAUUGCCCCAUCGCCAGAUUUUACUGCGACCAGGAGGAGAUCAAUUCAGAUACAGGAGAAAUCAGAUCCUGUUUCUAGAGGGUUUGCUGCAAGUGUUCAUAGGUAGACGAUACUAGGUAUACAUCCCUCCCUUCCUCUUUAUUUCCUUUGCCAAAAAUCCAAUUCCCGGGGGUAUUGUAUUGUGUUUUGUGCUGUCUUUUUUUUUUUGGCAAUCCAGUUUCUGUAUUAUCUCCUUUACUUAGUCUGCAUAUUUUCAUAUUUUUAUUU